AUGAAAUCUGGAUUCCCAGAAGGGAAUGAGUGUAUUCCAGAAAAACCACUAACUCAGACUUACCAACACAUCUUGGCUCUGGUAUUUGCUGUAGAAGAGAUUAAUGGAAAUCCCCAGAUCUUGACCAAUGACACCCUGGGCUUCAACAUCUAUAACAACUAUUUUAAUCCAAAACUGACAUAUGCAGCAACAAUGGAAAUUCUGUCCACACCGGGCAGAUUCAUCCCAAACUAUAAAUAUGAUUUCCAGAACAAUCUGGUCGCGGUCAUUGGAGGACCUAACUCAAAUGAUUUCCUUCACGUAGCAACCAUCCUGAGUCAAUACAAGAUUGCACAGGAUUUAGAUGAUGUAAAAUCCUCUAUCAAGGAGGAAGAACAGAAAGUAGGUUUAGAGGAGGUAGUUUUAGGGGAGGAGUCAGAUGAACCAUCUGCAGUAAGUCCUGUAUUACCUAGGAGAUCUACUAGGGAAAGGCAUCCACCUGAUCGAUAUAAAGCAAUUGUAGUUUGCCAGGUUAACAUUGAACCUUCAAGUUAUGAGCUUGCCUAUUCUUCUGCUCCAGAGAUAAAUACACAAAAUCAAGCCAUUUCCUUCCAUUGGAUGUUUCCCAAUGCAGAUUAUCAAUAUUAUGGGAUUCUUCAGCUGUUGCUUUAUUUCAAGUGGACAUGGAUGGGCAUAUUUUAUAUUGGCAUUGGCAUCCAGGCAGAAUUAUUGCUCCGGAAAGUGUUACCUUUCUUUUCACAGCAUGGCAUCUGUUUUGAUUUCAUCGAAAAGUUUCCUAGUGGUAUGUUCAAUGAUCUGGAUAUGAUUGUGGAAGCAUCCCGUGCUAAAUUAAACCUCGCCUGGAACAGCAGAGCAAAUGCAGUGAUCUUUCAUGGAGAGUUUCACAGUAUAAGCUGUUUAUGGGGUUUCCUCGAAAUGUCAGAAUAUUAUGACACGGCGGGGAAAAAAGCAAAAGUCUGGAUCAUGACAGCAGAGGUGGACUUUACAUCCAACCUGUUUCAAAGAAACUGGGGCAUAGAUUUCCUCCAUGGCGCUAUAUCCUUGGCAAUCCAAUCUAAGGAAGUGUCAGGAUUUCAGAAAUUUGUUCAGAUGAGAAACCCUAUUUUGCAUAAAGCAGACGGUUUCUUAAAAGAGAUCUGGCAGCAGCUUUUUAAUUGCCUGAUUCCAAGCUUUCCCACUGAGUCAGUGGAACAGAAUAUCUGCACUGGAGAGGAGAGGCUGGAGAUUCUCCCUGCAACCAUUUCUGAAACAAGGAUGACCGCCCACAGUUACUGUGUCUAUAACGCCAUCUAUGCUGUUGCAUAUGCUUUGCAUGCCCUGUAUUCAUCCAUAAGCAAGCACAGAUCAAGGGUAACAUGGAAAAUUCUUAAACAACAGUCAUGGAAGCUUCACCAUUUCCUGAGAGGAGUUUCAUUCAAUAACAGUGCUGGAGACAAGAUUUCCUUUGAUGAAAAUGGAGAAUUUGUAGGAAGAUUUGAUAUCAUAAACUGGGUCACAUUCCCAAACCAGUCCUUCCAUAGAGUUAAGGUGGGAACCAUAGAUCCAGACCCACUCUCACAUCACCUGCUGACCAUUAGAGAGGAUGAAAUCAUCUGGCCCACCUGGUUUAAUCAGCCUCCCACAUCGGCUGCAACCCGUCAUUUUUCUGCUUCACCAUCAGCUACCCCAAAACCGAAGCUCUAUUUCCGCCAACCACCCAAUCCUGCAUGGAAAGGGCCCGCUGACCUUAUUACCUGGGGCCGUGGAUAUGCUGCUGUCCAGUACAACAAUCAGACCAUCUGGAUCCCUGGAAGACAUGUAUCACCUGUCUCCCUGUGUAAUGAUAACUGCCCUUCAGGUUACCAAAAGGCCAAAAUAGAAGGAAAACCAUUUUGCUGCUAUGACUGCCUUCCAUGUUCACAGGGAGAGAUCACAAAUCAAACAGAUAUGCACACAUGCUUCCAAUGUCCAGAUGAUCAGUAUCCAAACAAUAAGCAGGAUUUCUGCCUUUCCAAGGAAAUGACAUACCUCUCUUAUGAAGGAACAUUAGGAAGCAGUUUGGUGACAGUGGCCAUUAUCCUUUCUUUCACCACAAUUUUUGUACUAGGAUUGUUCCUGAAGUACCACAACACACCUAUCGUUAAGGCCAACAACCGCAGCCUCUCCUACACCCUCCUCAUCUCCCUCCUCCUCUCCUUCCUUUGUUCUCUGCUUUUUAUUGGUCAACCCAUGAAGAUCACUUGUCUCCUUCGACAAACUGCUUUUGGGAUCAUCUUCUCAGUGGCUGUUUCUUGUAUGCUGGCCAAAACCAUUACCGUAGUUCUUGCUUUCAUGGCCACUAAGCCUGGAUCACGGAUGAGGACAUGGGUUGGGAAAAAAUUAACUUUUUCCAUUGUUCUUUGUUGUACUUUUAUGCAAACUCUUCUUUGCAUUGUGUGGCUUGGAAUUUCUCCCCCUUUCCCAGACUUGGAUAAGCACUCCUUCAUUUCUGAAAUUGUUGUCGAAUGCAAUGAGGGGUCAGUUGUCAUGUUUUAUAGUGUCUUGUCUUUUAUGGGUUUCCUGGCUAUUAUCAGUUUUGUUGUAGCUUUCCUAGCUAGGAAGUUACCAGACACUUUCCAGGAAACCAAAUCCAUCACAUUCAGCAUGCUGGUUUUCUGCAGUGUGUGGUUAUCAUUUGUCCCUGCGUACAUUAGCACCAAAGGGAAAUACACAGUGGCUGUGGAGAUUUUCUCCAUCUUGGCCUCCAGUGCUGGACUCCUGUCUUGUGUCUUUUUCCCAAAAUGUUACAUUAUUAUAGUGAGACCUGAUCUUAACAAACGAGAGCAGUUAAUAAAAAGAGGAAAUUGACCAACCACUUGUCUGAAAUGGUAUAGGUUCUCAUGCUUGAG